AUGAUGUCAUCAGGAAUUAUACCUAGUAUAUCCAUUCUGGAAAAUAUGCUUGAAGGGCUUUGCAAACAAAAGAGUUUGAGUCGAGCCGAGGAGUUCUUGAAGUUUGUGGCAAGUGUGAGAUGGGAGAUCAAUGAAAACAUGACUGAUAAAUUAAUAGCACUGUAUCAAGAAAUUGGGCAAGUGGAAAAGAUGGAGGAGCUGCUUGAAACUAUGAUGAAGUCCCAUCCUAUUACUGAUGGAGUACUCUCCCGAAUUCAUUGUGGGAUUAUACGGAUGUAUGCCAAACUGGAUAGAUUGGACGAUGUAGAGUUUGCCGUGGGAAGAAUGUUGAAACAAGGGCUCUCAUUCACAAGAACAGAUGAUGUUGAAAAGGUUAUCUGCUCAUACUUUAGAAGAGAAGCUUAUGAUAGGCUAGACAUAUUCUUGGAAUGUAUAGAGACUAGUUAUCCGCUCAGCAGAUCCACUUGCGAUUUGUUGAUAUCUGGCUACAGAAGAGCUGGAUUACGCGAAAAAGUAGAUUCAAUGAUGGAAGCCAUGAAAUCUGCUGGGGUUAUGUAG